AUGGCCAAACUCGAUGCACUGCAGGAGGAGGUCGACGACACCUCCUCUCAUUUGCUUCUUGACAAAUCCGCGCGCGAUCGACUUUCAUCGAGCGAUGAUGAUGGCUCCAUUUCCACCGUUUUUGAAAGAGCAGCGUGGCAAGCCCACAAGCGCUAUAGAGCCGGCGGGGGCAGCGCUACGCUGAAAAUCACAUUUGGUCUCCUCUUCUUUGCUCUCAUCCUGACCUCCGCCACUUCAGUCGUCCUCGCUACGUGGCUUGUCGCACAUGACGACCAUGCCAGCCCCAGCAACAGCGCACAGGGGCAUGACCCGUCUCCGCCUCCGGCUAUGGAUAUGGGUAUGGCGCGGCCUACAACGAAACCAGGACUGACAUCCUGCGGCUCCUCUGCCGCUGAAGCCCUAGCAGCCGGAUGUCGCUUUGACAUCUUUUCCUUUGGCUGGUAUGCCCCGGAAUGUGCCGAUCCCCAGCUCUACAAUACUACGCUCUACGCGCUCCGCGACCAACUGGGGGGCUCGCCCGCAUUUUACAGCUCGCGGGGCCGUGAAAUUCCGAUCGAGGUCGUGGAGAACUACGGUCGUGGCGUAAUGGCCUCUGACGAGGGAGCAGUGGCCGAUGGCCAGGAGAUCAGAGGCACCUGGGAGCACUACCUAGUGUCGUGCGGCUACGCAUGGCAGAAGGUGCAGCGGGCGGCGAUGCGGAAUUGGCCAUUGGACGAAUGGUCUGCAGGCUAUAAUUUAGCGAAGCGAUGUGGUCCGGACAUGCUGCAUCGCGCAAAGAAAGAUUCAGAGUCUCCGGAGUCGUAUUUGAAGCCUUGGUAUCCAGCGUGUGGGUUGGAGGCAGAGGACAUUCGGCGGGAGAUCGCACAUUAG